UUUUCUUUUUUCUUUCAACUAGUCGCCGUCAGCUCUCUCUCUUUCUCUUUCUCUCUCUCUCUCCGUCUCUUACUGCAUCGUCAGUCUGUAUCCCAAUUGGAUCUCUCUGUAUCCGAGUCAGGUCUCUCUCUCUCAUCGUCUGUUUGUUUCCUUUAGUACUACCAACUUUGGCAUCAUCUCUUGAAUUCUAUGGCAUACAAGGCACAAGUAUUAAAAGCACUAAGAGAAGAUGUAUAUCUUACAUCAUCUAAAUUUUGGUCUGCAUACUAUCAUGCUCAGCUACAACCAACUGACCUAAGGGAGUUAUUGCCAAGAUUAAUUCCAAUUUUGCUUUUAGACAUGGCUUAUGAAGAUGGUGAUGAGUCACUUUUGGAUGACAAGGAUGAUGAAUCUCAACCAGUUCAGGCACAUAGUGGUGACUACUUGUUUAACGUGGGGAAUGUAAGAGCAUGCAAUGCAAAAUUUAUUGGCAUUCUCUCAAAUGUAUAUGAAUAUGAAGUUUUUGUAACGCUCCUGCCCCUUGCUGAGGUAAAAUUGAAAAGAUGUGAUGAUGAGACUUGGAAAGAAAGGGAAGCUAUUGUUUUUGCUCUUGGAGCUAUUGCUAAAGGAUGCCGUAGAUUACUUUACCCUCAUUUGGAUGAGAUUUUAAAAAUGCUUCUUCAUCUUUUAAAUGAUAAGUUUCCUCUCAUACGAAGCAUAUCAUGCUGGACAAUUUCUCAAUAUGGCAAAUAUUUUGUUAUCCAGAAAGAAGAUGCUGCACUAUUCAAUAAAGUUCUUAACAGUCUUCUUCACAAACUUUUUGAUACAAACAUGCGAGUCCAGAAGUUUGCAUGUCUAGCUUUGAUAACUCUUGAAGAGGACGCUGGUGAAAAAUUAGUGCCACACCUGGAUGUCAUACUACAGUAUCUAAUAUGGGCUCUUGAUAAUUAUGAGGGGCAGACCUUAAAGUAUCUCUAUGCUUGUAUUGGAGAACUAGCAAAUUCAGUUAGUGUCGAGUUGGAUGAGCCUCCUCUUGAGAAUUUGAUGCCCCCACUGUCUUCAAAGUUGCAUCAAACUUCACGUUCAGAUAAAAAUGUAAUUCAUUUGCUAAAAUGCGUCAAAUCCCUUUGUGAGGCUAUAGAAGUAGGAUUGUCCUCAUUUUCUCAGUCUGUUUUCUCGACGUGUCUGAGUUUCAUGCAACAAGAACUUGAUAAGAUUGACCAUGCUUUUCCUGGGGGUAAAGACAACAAAUGUAUCAUUGUUAGUUCUCUUGAACUUCUUGCUGCACUUUUGGAAGGGAUGGGCAGUGAGAUAGAGUCUCUGGUUUCACAAAGUAAUCUUAUGGACUUGCUUCUCAAGUUUUGCAUGGAUGAAACUCCCGCUAUUAGAAAAGCUGCUUUUGACCUAAUGUGUGAUUUUGCAACGGAAUCCCCGGUUUGUUUACUGCCCCGCAUGCAUGAGUUCCUCGACAUCGCUAGCCAAAAACUGAGUGGAAAUUUGACUGGAGAAAACCUAGCUUCCGCAAACAAUGCUAGUAUAGCCAUAGGAGAACUGGCAUCCAAGUUUCGUCAGGAAGUCUCACCAUUUGUAACCAAUAUUGCCUCUUCUUUGGGGUCAAUUAUACAACAUAGAGAGGCCCAUCUUGAAAGGACUGCAGUUACCUUGUCUAUACAAAAAGAAAUUGACCUAGCUGUUAAUAGUGCCAUUACUUUGGGAAUAUUAGCAUGUAUUCGUCCAAAUCUCCUUCCACCACACAUGAAGUUUUUCAUGAAGUCUUGGUGCAAGACACUGGCAACGUUAGAGGAUGACUCUACUAAAGAAACUGCUUUUAAAGGAUUAUGUAAAAUGAUUAAAGCGAAUCCAUCGGUAGGAGCCAGCUCUGUUGCUUACAUAUGCUUAGCCUUUGGAAGCUGGGAAGAAAUAGAAGACCAGGACCUCCAAGACGAAUUCAUCCGUGUGUUGAACGGCUACAAAUCCAUGCUUGGAAGAGACUGGGCUGAUGUUAUAGCUGAGCUGGAUCCUAAUUAUAAGGAAAUGAUUAUGAGGUGGUAUCCAAUGUGAUAUUGAUCAUCGAUUAGUCUCAACUUAUGAGAGAGCUGCAUUGGUUGGUUUAUUCUCAUUGCAAACAACAAAUACAUAUUCAUAGACUUUGAGCAAAAGGUGUCUCAUCAGUUGCAUUUAUAAUUUAAAAAUACAUUACGUUGGAUUUGGAUUUGGAGUU